AGCUUCAGUCUGCAGCUGCCCCUGCCAGGGAACUUGUUCCUUGCUCCCACACCAAGCUGAGAGACAUUAAAGGCCAAAGACCCCAGAGCCAUGCAGGGUCUCGGGACCCUGUUCCUGCUGCUGACCGCCUGUGUGGCUUCGGGGACUGACCCUGUGCCAUCAUUUCCUGACAUCCAGGUUCAGGAGAAUUUCAGCGAGUCCCGGAUCUAUGGAAAAUGGUUCAACCUGGCAGUGGGCUCCACCUGCCCGUGGUUGAGGAAGAUUAAGAACAAGAUGAGCAUUAGCACACUGGUGCUUCAGAGAGGGACGACAGAAACAGAGAUCAGCACGACCAGCACCCGGUGGCGGAGAGGUGUCUGCGAAGAGGUCUCUGGGACAUAUGAGAAGACAGACGUCGAUGGAAAGUUCCUCUACCACAAAUCCAAAUGGAAUGUAACCUUGGAAUCCUAUGUGGUUCACACCAACUAUGAUGAGUAUGCCAUUUUCCUCACCAAAAAGUUCAGCCACUACCACGGACCCACCAUCACUGCCAAGCUCUAUGGCCGGGAGCCACAGCUGAGGGACAGCCUUCUGCAGGAGUUCAGGGAGGUGGCCCUGAGUGUGGGCAUCCCUGAGAACUCCAUCGUUUUUAUGGCUGACAGAGGGGAAUGUGUUCCUGGGGAUCUGGAACAAGAAUCCACUUCACUUCUGAGAGCUCGGCGGGCAGUGCUGCCCCAAGAAAACGAGGGAUCAGGGGCUGGGCCACUGGUAACUGAUGUUCUCAAGAAAGAAGAUUCCUGCCAGCUCAACUAUUCAGAAGGUCCCUGCCUAGGGAUGAUAGAGAAGUAUUACUACAAUGGUGCUUCCAUGGCCUGUGAGACCUUCCAAUAUGGGGGCUGCCUGGGCAAUGGCAAUAACUUCAACUCUGAGAAGGAAUGUCUGCAGACGUGCCGGACCAUAGCGGCCUGCAAUCUCCCCAUAGUCCAAGGUCCCUGCCGAGCCUAUAUAGAGCUCUGGGCAUUUGAUGCAGCACAAGGGAAAUGUGUCCAAUUCAGUUAUGGGGGUUGCAAAGGCAACGGCAACAAGUUCUACUCUGAGAAGGAAUGCAAGGAGUACUGUGGAGUUCCUGGUGAUGGGUAUGAGGAGCUAAUACGAAGCUGAAGGUGCUAGUCUUCAAGCCAGAGGAUAGACACUGUCCAUCCCGGUGUGAGCUGGCCCAGGUGAUCUGGAUCCAAAUAAAACAAGCUGUCAAUUCCUGGCA